GAUAAAAAAAAAAAAAAACAUCAACAGAGGUGUCCGUCAUUAACAGUAAUUGCACGAUGUCAUCCAACAGGGGGCAGUAGAUACUCGCAUACUUUUUUAGCAGCAAACGUUUAGAACAAGAAGAAGAGCGCCAGGAAACGUCGAGAAGAUUCAAGCAUAAAAAUGGCUACGGGAGUGGAUCAAGCUGCCGGCAUGAGUCUGAUUGUCUUCAGUCUUCUGCUGAUGACUUACUAUUCUAUCUGGGUCAUCAUUCUGCCUUUCGUGGACAGCAAUCAUGUACUCCACAAGUAUUUUCUUCCACGGGAGUAUUCUGUAAUUCUGCCUGGCAUUGCAGCCAUAGUACUACUCCUUUGCAUUGGGGCCUUCACUGCAUUUGUCAUGUGGAAAAAUCAGAAGCCAAAAAAGGUUAAUUAAUAUGAUCUGAUCUGAUUAAGUAUAUGUUACUGUAAAUCGGCAAAAUCAUUCCACUAUUUUAUUUUUGUAAAUAGUUUGGGUUGUAGUGAUAUUUAAGGGUUCCACUAUUAAUUUUAAUGAUAUUGAUAUGUUCAAUAGUAUUGAACAUAUCAACGUUAAUAACUUUUAAUUUCAAUGUUAUUGACAUGUUAAAAAAAAAAUACAGAUCUGAUUUAAUUUCAAAAAUCAGACUUUAUUUUGGAUUUCUACUCUUGAAGAAUUGAUGUAUUUCAGUGGACUACUGAACCCUCCUCUGACAAUACAAUAUUGGUCUUUUGCCUCCUUAUUAAAGAAUUUAAUCACUUUUA